AUGCACUUCCCCAAGCUCACUCUUAUUCUCCUCGCGGCAGGCACAGCAGUUUCCCAUCCUGGCCCACAUGACAUCCUUCCUCGCGCAGAGAUUCAGCGACGCAGUGACAUGGCCAAGCGAUGCGCCAGCCAGGUUGGAGGCUUCAACCAGCGCCGCAUGGCCAAGCGAGCAAUGCAGAAGCGUUGGGAGGGAUCCGGCCACAAUACUACCUUCGAGAUAGUCACCGAGGCUCCCUACUACGAGACUAUCCAGAAUAACACCUGCGUGCUCACCCCAGAGGUCACCCGUGGUCCCUAUGUCUGGCCUCGCUCCCAGACUCUUCUUCUGGACAUGGCCACCUGUGAGCCGUUGCCCAACGCCCUCCUCGAUUUUUGGCACUGCAACGCAACGGGCUCCUACUCCUCAUUCACGGGCCUUUCCCCCAAUACCCCCUUCCCAACACUCCUCUCUGAGUUGAAUGUUACCGACUAUGACAUGGGUGUCACGGACCUGCACACGGACGAUACCACAUGGCUCCGUGGUAUGUGGCCGACGAACGAGGACGGCGUCAUGGAGAUGAAGACUAUAUUCCCAGGCUUCUACGUCGAGCGUGCCAUCCACAUCCACGCCCAAGUGCAUACCGAUUGGACUGUUCGCGAAAACGGUACCAUCAUUGCCAGUAACACCGUCAGCACUGGCCAGCUGUACUUUGAGGAAGAGCUUGAACAGGAGGUUAUGAGUAUGGAGCCUUAUGCGUCUCAUACGCAGAUUAACCGGACCACGAAUGCUGAAGACACGGUGUGCCCUGAGGAUAUCGAGGGUGGAUAUAACCCGGUUGUGUCUGUUGUUCCUGUGGAUGAGGACGAUUUGUCCAAGGGGUUGAUCGGAUACAUCACUAUUGGGGUGGACACGACGGCGAUCGAGACUUUCAGUAAAUAG